AUGAAGUCCUUCAUCGCCAUCAUCGCUCUCGCUACUGCCGCCUCAGCAGCCAGCCUUUCCAACCCUCUCUUCCAGCGUGCCCCAGCUGCUGUGUGCAACGGUCAUUCCGGCGAAUCUUGCGCCCAGCCAAACCAGCGCGCAUGCGAGGACAAUGGCGGACACUCUUUGAUCUGUGUUGAAAAGUCGCGUGGCAAGUUUGCGUGGAUCAAUGCGGAUAACUGCCCAGAUUCAAACCAGCACUGCGACUGCGCGGAUGGGUUCUGCAAGCCUAACUAG